UUUGAACACAAGCAUUAUUCAUUCAUUAUCGUCACUCAUUACAACACCUCACUCACUCACAGAUCGUGAAACCUCCUUCUCAGAUCGUCUUCCGCGGCGGUGGUAGCGGCGGUUGAAGCCUCUCCGCUUCAUUCCUCGGCGGCAUUACAUUCCACCACCACCACCAUCACCAUCACUGAAAUUUUCACGCUGAAGGUUUCUACAACACAAACUGCGUGCGUGUGUGCCGAAUUCGUAACGAGCGGAAAACCACAAUGAAGUGCACUUCGAAGUGAUGAAUGUAUCUGAGUUACUCAUUCGUGUUGUUUAGUCUGAACGCUGAAGCAACCUCUUCUUCAACCUCGCUUCACCGGAAAACAACGAGAAUUGAAGCACAGGUUAGGUUAGGUUAGGGGAAACUGGUGCGAAGAUCUGGGAAUCGUAGAGGAUAGAAGCGUGUUGGAUCUCUGGAAUGUGGCAGCUAGAGAGCUGGUGUUUGCGUUAGAACUGCAAUUGCUAGGGUUUUGGAUUUCUUCACUGCGUGCUGAUGACUACCAAACGCGCGUACAAGCUACAGGAAUUUGUAGCGCAUGCUUCUACUGUUAAUUGUCUCAAGAUUGGACGGAAAACGUCGAGGGUUCUUGUUACCGGAGGUGAAGAUCACAAGGUUAAUUUGUGGGCUAUUGGGAAACCUAAUGCUAUACUGAGUCUGUCAGGACACUCAAGUGGAAUAGAUUCUGUAAGCUUUGAUUCCUCUGAAGUUUUGGUAGCGGCUGGUGCGGCAAGUGGUACCAUCAAGCUUUGGGACUUAGAAGAGGCAAAGAUUGUUCGUACUCUUACUGGUCAUCGGUCCAACUGCACAUCGGUGGACUUUCAUCCUUUUGGAGAGUUCUUUGCAUCUGGUUCUCUAGACACUAAUCUUAAGAUAUGGGACAUCAGAAAGAAGGGGUGUAUUCAUACAUACAAGGGCCACACUCGCGGGGUAAAUGCAAUUAGGUUUACCCCAGAUGGACGCUGGGUUGUUUCAGGUGGAGAGGACAAUACUGUGAAGUUGUGGGAUCUGACUGCGGGGAAACUCUUGCAUGAUUUUAAGAGUCAUGAGGGGCAGAUUCAGUGCAUUGAUUUUCAUCCCAAUGAAUUUCUACUAGCAACAGGCUCUGCAGAUAGGACGGUUAAAUUUUGGGACCUUGAAACCUUCGAGCUUAUUGGUUCAGCUGGUCCUGAGACGACUGGAGUGCGUUCUCUUACUUUCAGUCCCGAUGGGAGGGCCCUGCUUUGUGGUUUACACGAGAGUUUGAAGGUUUUCUCGUGGGAACCUAUACAAUGCCAUGAUAUGGUGGAUGUCGGUUGGUCUAGAUUGUCAGAUCUAAAUGUUCAUGAAGGAAAACUUCUUGGCUGCUCAUCCAAUCAAAGUUGUGUUGGAGUCUGGGUUGUGGACAUAUCGCGUAUAGAACCAUAUGCACUCAAUAAAGUGAACCAACUAAAUGGCCAUUCAGAAUCUAAAUCCUCAAGUGGAAAUAUGACUGUCCUGAAUGAGGCUAAGGCUAGACUAUCUGUUUCACAAAACUCAGAUCCAUUACUAAAGGAAAGUAGAUCUCUUGGAAGGUUGUCACUUUCUCAAGAUUCAGACUCCUCAAAGGAGGGAAAAUGUUUGGCAUCCACAGGAAGUGCACCAAGUACUCCUCAAAGGAUCCACUCGAACUCUGGUCCCAAAACGGUUUCUGGUGGUUCAACAACAGUGCUUAAUGCAACAGCUCCAAAAAGGAGUUCUUCGAAAUCGCAUACAACAACCAAUGUUCCACUUAUCAAUAAAUCAGAUAUAAUGCCUGUAAUUGUUCCCAGAACUAGCAUGAGGUCAGAGCCUGUAGCUGAUUCUAGAAAAGAAGUUGGUGUUGCUGGAACAACUGUGCCAUUCUCUUUGCAGCCAAAGGCAUUGGAUACACGUAAAUUUCCGAACACCAGAGAUGACGUGGAUAAGCUACCUUUCUCUCCUGUAACUGAAUCUGCAGCUUCUAUGAGUAGUGAAUCAAGUGGUUAUGCAGAUAAAAAUAACUUCCCUGCUUCUGUAUGCUCGACUCAAGAUGAAGCUCGGGGCCAGAAAGUGAACAGAGAUGGAAGUUUUGUUGAAGUACCGAAAAGAGGGAGAAUGCGCUCAGUUCUCAAUUUGGAAAAGAGGGAACGUUCUUUUAAUUAUGAGGGACCUAGACAAGGAAUUUCUCAUGGAAGGAUACCGUCAGAUCAUGUGCUUCCUUUCAGUGGGAGAGCACAUUCCUUAUCCAAUGAGAAGGCCACAGUUUCUGCCAGUGAUGAAGAUUCUAUUGCUGAUGUGAUGGAACAGCAUCAUGAAUUUCUCAGUUCAAUGCAGGCGCGUUCAGCUAAGUUACAGGUGGUCUUAAGGUGUUGGGAAAGAAAUGAUGUUAAGGAAGUCAUUGGUACUAUGGCGAAGAUGGAAGAUCAUGCUGUGAUUGCUGAUGUUGUUAGCAUUAUAGCGGAGAAAAUUGAUAUUGUAACACUUGAAAUAUGCGCUGGUCUUCUGCCACUACUAACUGACCUUUUACGAAGUGAAAUGGAUAGACAUCUAGGAGUAUCCUUGGAAAUGCUAUUGAAGCUGGUCAGAUUAUAUGGUUCUGUAAUAUAUUCAACCAUAUCAGCGAAACCCUCCGUUGGUGUUGAUAUCGAGGCAGAGAUAAGGCUAGAUCGUUGCAACCUCUGCUUUAUAGAGCUUGAUAAGGUUAAACGUUUUAUACCUUCUCUUUCAAGAAGAGGAGGAUCAAUUGCAAAAUAUGCACAGGAGUUGAAUCUGGCUCUCCAGGAUGUUUCAUGAUUCUGACAGGAUUCAAUUGUUUCUGCUACUCAAGUUUUGCCGGUGCUUUUGGGGGGGUUUUGUGCUUCAAAGAUCUAAACCUACACAAGUCAGCGAAUUGUUUGAUGCAUUGUAUUUUGGCAUCAAAUGAAGCUUGUCCUGUAUGUAAAUUUAUUGCUGUAAACAUUCACGAUGUAGAUGAAUGGAGGCACUAAUAACUACUAAUUCUGCGACAUUUACUUGGAGCCAGAGCCGAAGCUUGAGGCAUGUCUUCUUCUGCUGAUGGUUGCACUGUUCGGUCUAAUGUGAAGAUCUCACUCCGUUCGACAACUAACCUGAUGAUACUACUACUGAUCUAAUCUUAUUUGAAAAUUUGUGAUGUUAUGGUGCUUUAAAUGCCAUAAAUGUAGCAUGAGUUAUUUCUAUUUCAUGUUCUUGUAAGAUGUUUUUCAAUGCCUUUGGUUAACUACACUGAUAGUUAUCUGCGGAAAAGAAAUGAAGUCAUAGCUUUGCCAAUUGCUAAA